UCGCCGCUGUCAUCGAUUGGCUUAACAUCAGCACUAAUCAAAACAGUGUUCCCAGAACAGGACGGAAACAUAUAGAACAGAAUAAUUUCGCACCUAAUUUGACUGUGCCACGACUAUCCUCCUCCACCUCCUCCUCCAUUCAGAGUUUCAUUUUGGACUUCAGUGAGCAGCGUGAUAUUUGCAAUCGCCCCAUACAACAAAAACAUAAAUUAAAGCGAAGCCCUACUCCCCACCCCUGCUCUCCGACCAUGUCAUUAGAUCGCUAUGGUCGUUGGCCAGAUCGAAGUUAAUUGGGAUUAGAUCAGUGAAGCAGUGACUAUGCGCCGGGAUCGAAAAACCAACGAAUCGAAGUCCACAUAGAGACCAUUUCCGGAGUCGUCCUCGUUGGGAGCUCUUUUACUUGACCCUGUGAUAGAUCGAUUUUGAUCCCGGCAACCGGAGGUGGGCAGAAUCAAAAGGAGGAGGAGUGGAGACAACGACAUGCUGUUGAUUCGUCAGCUUUUCGGUGCUUCGGCCAACUCCUGGGCCCGUGCCCUCAUCAUUUUCGUCCUGGCAUGGGUUGGAUUGGUCUAUGUCUUUGUGGUGAAAUUGACCAAUACGCAAGGAUCACAGGCUGCCGGGGAAAGUGAGCUUAAUGCACGCCGAAUCUCACAGGCGCUCCAAAUGCUGGAGCACACGCGCCAGCGCAACGAGGAGCUCAAACAGCUUAUUGACGAGCUGAUGAGUGACCAGCUGGACAAGCAAAGUGCACUGAAACUGGUACAAAGGCUGGAGAACGAUGCAUUGAAUCCAAAGCUGGCAGCUGAGGUCGCCGGUCCGGAACCAGAACCCAUGUUCGAAUCAGCGCCCGCUGAUCUGCGCGGUUGGAAUAAUGUUGCCGAGGCAGCGCCCAAUGAUCUCCUUGAUGCAGGUGGGCCCGAUCAUGGCGAAUUCGAGCCCAGCCUGGAAUACGAGUUCACACGCCGACGCAUCCAGACGAAUAUAGGAGAGAUCUGGAAUUUCUUCAGCAGUGAGCUGGGAAAGGUGCGUAAGGCAGUGGCCGCCGGUCAUGCGAAUGCCGAUCUGGAGGAGUCCAUAAAUCAGGUGCUGCUUCAGGGCGCCGAGCACAAGCGUUCGCUGCUCAGUGACAUGGAGAGGCUGCGUCAGUCCGAUGGCUACGAGACCUGGCGCCACAAGGAGGCGCGUGAGCUUAGUGAUUUGGUGCAGCGGCGUUUGCACCAUCUGCAGAAUCCCAGUGACUGUCAAAACGCUCGCAAGCUGGUCUGCAAGCUCAAUAAGGGCUGUGGCUACGGCUGUCAACUACAUCACGUCGUGUAUUGCUUUAUAGUGGCCUAUGCCACGGAGCGAACGCUUAUCCUUAAAUCUCGUGGCUGGAGAUAUCACAAAGGAGGUUGGGAGGAGGUAUUCCAACCGGUGUCCAACAGCUGCCACGAUGCGGGCACCGCCAAUACAUAUAAUUGGCCAGGCAAGCCCAACACUCAAGUCUUGGUGUUGCCCAUCAUUGACUCGCUGAUGCCGAGACCACCGUACCUGCCGCUUGCCGUUCCUGAGGAUCUGGCGCCGCGCCUGAAGCGUCUGCAUGGAGACCCCAUCGUUUGGUGGGUGGGGCAGUUUCUUAAGUAUUUGUUGCGACCACAGACGACGACGAGAGAUUUCCUCACCGCUGGCAUGCGAAACUUGGGAUGGGAACGUCCCAUUGUUGGGGUCCAUGUUCGUCGUACUGACAAGGUGGGCACUGAAGCGGCCUGCCACAGUGUGGAGGAGUAUAUGACUCAUGUGGAGGACUACUAUCGCACGCUGGAGGUCAAUGGCAGCACUGUGGCGCGACGUAUUUUCCUCGCUUCUGACGAUGCUCAGGUUAUUGAGGAAGCGCGCAGGAAGUAUCCGCAAUACCAGAUCAUCGGUGAUCCGGAAGUUGCACGAAUGGCGUCCGUAUCUACAAGAUACACGGACACGGCACUGAAUGGUAUUAUACUCGAUAUCCAUUUACUGUCCAUGUCCGAUCACUUGGUGUGCACGUUUUCGUCGCAAGUGUGUCGCGUGGCCUAUGAGAUCAUGCAGACGCUUUAUCCGGAUGCAGCGCAUCGGUUUAAGUCGCUGGACGACAUCUACUACUAUGGCGGUCAGAAUGCGCACAAUCGCCGGGUCGUCAUAGCGCACAAGCCUCGCACCCAUGAGGAUCUGCAGCUGCGGGUCGGUGAUCUCGUCUCGGUGGCUGGCAACCACUGGGAUGGCAACUCCAAGGGUAAGAACACACGCACCAAUCAGGGCGGACUGUUCCCCUCGUUUAAGGUGGAGGAGAAAGUGGAUACCGCCAAGCUGCCACUGUAUCCGGGCGUUUAGUUGGUUGGCGCGGAUACAUAAACCGUCCCCUUGGCCAUGUUGUUGAUUGAUCUGUGAAUCAUUUCUGCCGCAUUCCACCUGGAAUUUUCAUGGUGCAGUUCGAUUCGGCUCGGAUCAGCAUCUCCAGAAUCUAUCGAAUGUUCAGAAUCUCAAAUGAAAUCUCGCUCGCUUUCUGUAAUUUUUUUAACCAAGCCCUGUGCUUCUUGUGACAAUUUCUUUGUGUUUUCGUCUAAGCACUUUUACUUUCUGAUUCCGAUACCGAAUCUGAUUCAUAAUUCUGCAUUUGUACAAGUCUUUUAUUAAUUAGUAAGUCUAAAGCCGAAGAAAUUAUGUUGACAAGGAAAUAAAUUAGAAACAAAUAUAUAAUAUAUAUAUAUAUAUAUAUAUACAUAUAUAUAAAUAAAUUAGAUAUAGGAGUGCAUGUAGGAUCACUAAGCGCAAUAUAGUCUAUCACCUGUAAAAUAGUUGAAAAGAAAACAAAACUAAAUCUGAUU